CACACACACAAAAACACCAAGAACACACACACACAAAACACACACAACAAUGGGCUCAUCUGAAUCGUCGUCGUUUUGGAGGUUUGAUUCGCCGUUGAUUUAUCUAUUCGGCGGGAUAACUCUGAUACUUUCUCUAAUAGUGGUGGCGUUGAUAAUUCUGGCGUGCUCACAACGGAGGCGCCGAUCAGGGGACGGCGGCGUCGGUGGAGAUAUGGAAAGUGGUGGCGAGUCUCAGAAGACGGUAAGGGCGGUGUACAACGGUGGUGAUGGAACGGAUAAUACACCCAAAGUCGUCGUGAUUAUGGCCGGAGAUGAACUUCCGACGUACUUAGCAACACCCGCCGACGUCUCCGGCGACACCAGUGCUUCUAACUGAACGAGUCUAGUCGUUUCUCCGAUCAUCUUGAGCUCCGAGGAACAAAAAUUUUGAGUCUGAAUCCACCAAUUUUGUUUUCUUUUUCGUUUUCCGGGAAUAUAUAUAUAUAUAUAUAUAUAUGUUAGAUAAAUGAGUUUAACUUUAUCAACCAGUUUGAAUGAACCAAAGAUUCCAUU